AUGUCUUCGGCGCUUAACAAGACGCGCAGAAAGAAGAAUGUCAAGAAGGGAAUCCAGUUCUGCCUGAUGGUUUGCGGUGCCUCAGGUACUGGCCGGACAACCUUCGUCAACACGCUUUGCGGCAAGCAGGUGCUUGGACACAAGGAGGUGGAUGACCCUACAACUGCCCACGUUGAGGAGGGCGUCAAGAUCAAGCCCAUCACUGUCGAACUCGAUGAGGAAGGUACCCGCAUCUCGCUCACAAUCGUCGACACGCCCGGAUUUGGAGACCAGAUUGACAACGAGGCCAGUUUCUCAGAGAUCGUCGGAUACCUUGAGCGACAGUACGAUGGCAUUCUUGCCGAAGAGUCGCGUAUCAAGCGUAACCCACGCUUCCGUGACGACCGUGUACACGUACUGCUGUACUUCAUCACGCCUACUGGCCAUGGUCUGCGCGAACUCGACAUUGAGCUCAUGAAGCGCCUUUCCCCCCGCUGCAACGUCAUUCCCGUGAUCGGUAAGGCCGACUCACUCACACCCGCUGAGCUCGCCGAGUCGAAAAAGCUCGUCAUGGAGGACAUUGAGCACUACCGCAUCCCUGUAUACAACUUCCCUUACGAUGUUGAAGAAGACGACGAAGACACGGUUGAGGAGAACGCCGAGCUCCGUGGCUUGAUGCCCUUUGCUAUUGUUGGAUCCGAGGACAUUGUCGAGGUGAACGGUCGACGGGUGCGAGCACGACAGUACCCCUGGGGUAUCGUAGAGGUCGACAACCCCCGCCACUCGGACUUCCUUGCCGUGCGAAGCGCGCUUCUGCACAGCCAUCUUGCUGACCUCAAGGAAAUCACGCACGACUUCUUGUACGAGAACUACCGUACCGAGAAGCUUAGCAAGAGUGUUGAGGGUGGUGCUGCUUCGAACGAUUCGUCGAUGAACCCCGAGGACCUUGCCAGCCAGUCAGUGCGUCUGAAGGAGGAGCAACUGCGCCGUGAAGAAGAGAAGCUGCGCGAGAUUGAAGUCAAGGUACAACGCGAAAUCAACGAGAAGCGACAGGAGCUCCUGGCACGCGAGAGCCAACUGAAGGAGAUUGAGGCGCGCAUGCACCGGGAACAGAGUGGUAUGGCGCAUGACGACGCGGACGAUGCUUAA